AUAAAUAUAGUGUCACUAACAUGCUAAGUUCUUCACACCAAAAGAAAAGGAAAAAAUAUUAGGUUUGUUUGUUAACGCCAAAAAUCAUGUCCGUGACGUCCAAAAAUUCAUCCCACCGUCGGAAGGACUCCGGCGAGAUCGUCGUUUUCGACGCAGCGCGUUACUUCGCCGGCAUUGAUGAGAACCCAUGCUACCACAGCUCCUCUUCCUCCCGAAUGAGCCUAGACAUGCCGGCGAUCAACGCACACAAUCUCCCGUCGAUUCAGAAGCAGUAUUUGAUGAGAGAGAAGAAGAAAUGCAGGCAGCCGAGCUCCCCCGGCGGCCGGCUCGCCACGUUCCUGAAUUCUCUCUUCAAUCAGGCGAAUUCGAAGAAGAAGAAGAAAUCGAAAACGAGCCCCGCAGUCGACGACAACGGAGACGAUCGUGAUCGCGCUAACGAUCGGAGAAGGAGCAGCAUGUGUUACGCCGAAACCCCGACGAAAUCGUCGUACGCGGAUUUGAAGAGCUUUUCCGAUCGCCAGAAGGCGGUUUCUCAGCUUAGAAACGGGGAAAAUGGGAACGGGCGGCUGAGAUUCAAUAAGGGGAGCUUUAGAAACCCUACGACGAAAUGGACGGCUGAUGAUGAAGAUCAAAGGAAAUUCGAUGACGGUGAAGAUUCGGAUUCGAGUUCGGAUCUAUUUGAUUUGCCCAACUUGGAUUUUUGCUCGACCGGUUUGCCCGUUUACGGGACUACGGAUAUGGAUCGGAUCCGAAUCGGAGCUCCACUUUCCAGCGCUGCGACAGUGUAAAGCUACUAUUACGCAACGCCUUUUUUUAAUUGCAUUUGCUAAAUUGAUUUUUUGUUUUGUUUAUUUAAUUGAAUGUUGUAUAGUAGUACUGGUUUUCUUGGUCGUGAUUGGAAAUUUGGAAUUGGAAAUGAUUUUUGUGAAACAAAUAUCUAGAUAAAGAUUCUGCUUUUCUGUCUACCUUUAA